GGAAAACUGUGUAUGUCAGCUGGGAUCAAAUCUCCCAGAAGGUGGGAACUGAGAGUUUCUAACACAACCUUUGUGAAUUUUGAUCUCACUCACUGUGUGGCCAUCAGGACCUGUUCAGGCUGCUCCCAAGGACAGGGUGGAUUUACUGUGAAGACCAACCAGUUGAAGUUUAUGAACUCUCCAAACUUGGUAGCGUUUCCAUCUCCUCAUGCAGCCAUUUUGGAAGACUUGGAUGGGUCUCUGUCUGGUAAAAAUAGAAGUCACAUUCUUGCUUCUAUGGAAACACUUCCAGCUUCUUGUGUGGUCAAAGCCAGCUUCAGCCAGCUUGUCCAUGGCAGUGUCUGUGAGGAAAAUGUUCUCUUUCAUCGGAUGUCUAUUGGUUUAGCCAAUGCCCUGAAAGUCUCUCUUGAUUUAACCAUAACGGACAGCAGAAACAGGACAACCACUGUCAGUUACGUGCAUGAUACACUGUCUAACCCUUAUGGCUGGAUGGCCCUGCUCUUGGAUCAAGAGACCUACUCCCUGCGGUUUGAGAGCCCUUGGACCAGCAGUGCGCUUCAGUACUCAGCAACAUUUGACAACUUUGCUCCUGGAAAUUACCUGUUGCUGGUGCACACAGACGUGUGGGUUUACCCUGACAUCCUCAUAAGGUGUGGGAGUCAUGUGGGGCGGUCCCUCUCAUCUCUUCCAUCACCUGGCCAGGACCAAGGCUGUGACUGGUUCUUCGACAGUCAGUUGAGACAACUCACCUAUCUGGUUUCAGGUGAAGGCCAAGUUCAAGUAGUUCUCCGGGUGAGGAAGGGUGUGGACCCAACUAUUUCAGCUUCUACCUCUGUACCAGAGUCAGUUUUAAAAUGGUCCCUCCCUGAAGCAUGGGAAGGCGUGGCUGAGGGCUGGGGAGGACACAAUGGUGCCAGUCCAGGCCCUGGGGAUGACGUCCUGAUUUUAUCCAACAGGACUAUCCUUGUGGAUACUGAUCUUCCGCCCCUCCGAGGCCUCUACGUGAUGGGGACUCUGGAAUUCCCUGUGGACAGAAGCAACGUUCUAAGCAUGGCCUGCAUGCUCAUUGCUGGUGGGGAGCUGAGAGUUGGUACUUCAGAAAAUCCCUUAGAAAAAGAAAAAAAGCUUCUAAUUCACCUUAGAGCUUCAGAGGGAGUCUUUUGUGACCGUUUCAGUGGAAUUCACAUUGAUCCAGGAACAAUUGGAGUGUUUGGAAAAGUUCAGCUUCAUAGUGCUUAUCCUAAGAAAUCCUGGACACGUCUUGGGGCUGACAUUGCUUCAGGCAAUGAGAGAAUUAUAGUAGAGGACACAGUGGAUUGGCGACCCCAUGACAAGAUUGUCCUCAGCUCCUCUUCGUAUGAACCUCACGAAGCAGAGGUCCUCACUGUGAAAGAAGUCAGGGGCCACCAUAUUAGGAUCCAUGAACGGCUCAGACACCGACACAUCGGAAGUGCCCACGUCAUGGAGGGUGGCCGACGCAUUCAUUUGGCUGCUGAGGUUGGUCUUUUGACACGAAACAUACAAAUCCAGGGUGAUACAUCAUGCAGAGGGAGACUACUUGUGGGGUCCUUCAGAAAGUCCAGCGUGGAAGAAUUUUCAGGUGCCCUUCAACUUUUCAAUGUGGAAAUUCAGAACUUUGGGUCGCCGCUGUAUUCAUCCGUUGAACUCACUAAUGUGUCAGCAGGAUCCUGGAUAAUAUCUUCUACUCUGCACCAAAGCUGCGGUGGGGGCAUCCAUGCAGCUGCCAGUCAGGGGAUCAUUUUAAAUGACAAUGUGGUGUUUAGCAUUGCUGGCCAUGGCAUUGAUCUGGAGGGUCAGGACUAUUCUCUCUCUAAUAACCUUGUGGUUUUGAUGACACAGUCAGCAUGGUCUCCUGUUUGGGUGGCAGGAAUCAAAGUGAACGAGGCAAAGAACACUCAUCUCCAUGGCAACGUUGUGGCAGGAUCCGAGAGACUUGGUUUUCACAUCCAAGGCCACAGGUGUUCCUCUCCUGAAUCUCUUUGGUCUGACAACGUGGCCCACUCAAGUCUUCAUGGCCUUCAUCUCUAUAAGGGGAGUGGACUUGACAACUGCACUGGUAUCUCUGGCUUCUUGGCUUUCAAGAACUUUGACUAUGGUGCUAUGCUUCAAGUGGAGAACAACAUGGAAAUAGAGAACCUCACUCUGGUAGACAAUACCGUUGGCCUUUUCACAGCAGUUUAUGUGUCUUCUGCUCCACAGUGUUGUAUCAGAAAUCUACAGAUUGUGCUUAGGAAUUCAGUCAUUGUGGCCACUAGCUCAUCUUUUGACUGCAUUCAAGACAGAGUUAAACCACAUUCUGCCAACUUGACGUCACCUGAUCGAGCUCCUUCCAAUCCCAGAGGGGGUCGAGUUGGUAUUCUGUGGCCGAUAUUCACCUCAGAACCAAAUUGGUGGCCUCAGGAGCCAUGGCACAAAGUGAGGAAUGGCCAUUUGAUUUCAGGCAUCAUGAAACUUCAAGAUGUGACCUUUUCUAGUUUCGUGAAGAGUUGCUAUAGUGAUGAUCUAGAUGUUUGUAUUCUGCCCAAUGCAGAGAACACUGGAAUCGUGCCUCCAAUAAUGGCAGAGAGGACCAGUAUGCUAAAGAUCAAAGAUAAAAACAAGUUCUACUUUCCUCCUUUACAAACCAGGAAAGAUUUAGAAACACUGGCCUGCUCUGAAUCAGAUUGUGAAAGCCCUGGAAAAUAUCUCUUUAAGGAUCUGGAUGGGAGAACCCUGGGUCUGCCCCCACCAGUUUCUGUAUUUCCUAAAACGGAAGCAGAAUGGACUGGAUCCUUCUUCAACACAGGCACAUUUAGAGAAGAGCAGAAAUGCACCUACCGACCCCUGAUAAAUGGCUACAUCUGCAAACAGACUGAUCAAGUGAUCUUAAUUCUUGACAGUGCUGAUACCACUUGGGCAAUGCAGAAGUUAUAUCCAGUUGUAUCUGUGACUAGCGGUUUUGUUGACACCUUUAGUAGCAUAAAUGCCAGUGCUCCCUGCUCCAUUUCAAGGUCUGUAUCUGCUUUCUAUUCCAUUGUGCCCACCAGGAAAAUCACCAAGAUCUGCUUUGUGGAUCAGACUCCUCAUGUUUUGCAUUUUUUUCUAUUGGGGAACAAUACCUCUAAGCUCCUCUUGGCUGUAUUCUACCAUGAACUCCAGCGCCCAUAUGUUUUCUUAAGAGACAGAUUCAUUCCACCUACUCAAGUUCAUUCAACUUCCUCACUGUUGAAUGAGUCUGUUGGCACCAACUAUUUCAGCAUCACAGAUAACCUCUUGUAUGUUGUCCUACAAGGAGAGGAGCCCAUUGAAAUACAGUCAAGUGUUUCCAUUCAUUUGGCCCUCAGUGUGAUGUUUUCAGUUCUAGAAAAAGGCUGGGAAAUCAUGAUCCUUGAAAGACUAACUGUCUUCUUGCAGAUUAGCCAAGAUCAAAUCAGAUUUAUUCAUCAGAUGCCUGGAAACGAAGCAACCUUAAAGGCCAUGGCUGAUAUUAGAGCAAAGAGAAAGCGCACAUGCCCAACUGUGACUUGUACCAGUCGGGACCGAGUGGGUCAACGUAGACCUCUCAUGGUAGAAAUGAGCUCAUAUAGAGACCUACCCCCCACCACUAUGGAAACUAUCUCAAAAGUGAUGGUCAUUGAAAUUGGUGAUCUGCCAACAGUAAGGAACACUGGACUGAUUCCAUCUUUAUCAAGUAACAGAUUACAGAAUUUGGCUCACCAGGUUAUCAUUGCUCAACAGACUGGAUUACUAGAAAAUGUCCUCAAUAUGACUAUUGGGGCCUUACUGGUGACUCAGUCAAAGGGAGUCAUCGGCUAUGGAAAUACAAGCAGUUUCAAAACUGGGAACUUGAUAUAUAUUCGGCCUUAUAGUCUUUCAGUCCUCGUCCAGCCUUCAGAUGGAGAAGUGGGGAAAGAACUCACAGUACAACCACAGCUUGUUUUUCUGGAUAAACAGGCAUAUAGACGAAUGGAACAGACUAUCGAGCUGAGAAGUAAAUCCACUCACUUAUGGCCAACUGAUAUUCAACACAGGGAUGAAGGAUAUACAAUGGAGAAAGAAUUGUCUCUUCAGCAAAUGGUAUUGGGGGAAACUGGAUAUCCACGCCCAGAAGAAUGCAGAUGUACUCACGUAGAAACUCAAGAUGGUUAUGUGAGCUUCUCCAACUUGGCAGUUUUGAUCUCUGGGUCAAAUUGGCACUUUAUUUUUACUGUCACUUUUCCUCCAGGGGUCAAUUUUACAGCUCGCUCCAGGCCGUUUGCUGUCUUACCUGUGACUCCAUCCGAGAGAUCCACCAUCAUCAUGGCUGCUUCCUUGUGCUCAGGGGUCUCGUGGCUGGCUCUGUGCUGCCUCGUAUGCUGUUGGUUUAAGAAAAGCAAAACCAGAAAAAUAAAAAAUGAAGAGAUUUCUGAAACUCAGACUAGUGAUCAAAGGAAUCACAGCCAUGUCUCACCCAGACACCAAGGGUCACAAGCAGAGACUGGAAAAGAAGUCACCAUGAUGGCAGAAGAUUUGAGGAUGAAGGUUAUGCUGGCCAAGCUGAACCAGCUCCCCCAUCAGUCCCUGAACGGUGUGUCCAGAAGGAAGGUGAGCCACCGCGUGUUCCGAGAGGAAGGCGGCAGCCGGGAAGAGGCCGCUCCGCGCGCUCCGCCCGCUCCCAGUAUCACCAGCGUCACAUCGCACGGGAACACCUGUACUCCAGGCUCUCCUGCUCAGCAGGCGUACCUGCAGGACAGUGGGGGCUGGAAGGGAGCCCAGGAGCAGGUGCUCAGAUACCAGCUGGCAGGCCAAGAUCAGCUGCUGCUGCUCUGCCCAGACCUCAGACGAGAGAGGCAGCGUUUGCAGGGCCAGAGUCAGCUCGGCAAGGGGCACAUCAGUUUAGGGCUUUCCCAGGAGAAGCCAGGCUCCUGUGGUGCCACCGAGGCAUUCUGCCUCCAUGCAGUACAUCCGGAGGCUGUUCAGGAACAGCUGUGAUUGAGGAGGGGUGAGGACACUUGGGCUGAAAGUUAUAGUGU